AUGACUGUCAUCACUUUCACUGUGUCGGUGCUGUGCCUGCUGCCCCAGGUGGUGCUGGCUCGGUGGGCAUGUAUGCGAGCGUGCCCCCCCUCCUGCACCUGCACCCCGGAGAAGAACUGCAGUGUGCUGUGCGACCGCUCCCGCCUGGCUGAGCUGCCCGGAGAGUUCCCCUGCGAGGCGGCCGCCAUCAACCUGGACAAGAAUGCCCUCAAGUUCCUGUCGGAGAGGGCCUUCGGGACCCUGCCCUCCCUGAAGUCGCUCUCUCUGGAGCACAACAACAUCUCCUUCAUCACGCCCGGAGCAUUCAAGGGCCUCCCCAACCUGGUGGAGCUGAAGCUGGCCAACAACGACUACAUCAGCUACCUGCACACGCGCACCUUCACCGGGUUAAAGAAGCUGGUGCGCCUGGACCUGUCCAACUGUAACCUCUUCAACCUCCCCGACCGCAUCUUCAUCGAGCAGCCGGCGCUCAAGGAGGUUUUCUUCUUCGAGAACAAAUUCCGCAGGAUUCCCGGGACCUUCAGAGGCAUGGAGAACCUGACGCACAUCUACCUGGAGAGGUGCAAGAUCGAGGCCGUGGCCUACAACUCGCUGCUGGGCCUCAGCCGCCUCAAGUUCCUGAACCUCCAGGAGAACCGCAUCAACGUGAUCCACGACCAAUCCUUCCAGGACCUGCUGCGCCUGGAGAACUUCUUCCUCAACGACAACCAGCUGACGGAUCUGCCCCGCUCCGCCUUCAAGGGCCUCAGCUGCCUCAAAAUGCUGAAUCUGGGCGGGAACAAGCUGAUCAACGUGUCCCGGACCUGGUUCAGUGACCUGGUGGAGCUGGAGGUGCUGUACCUGGACAGGAACCAGCUGGUGAACAUCGAGGAGGGCACCUUCGAGAACCUCACCAGCCUGAUCACGCUGCACCUGAACAGCAACAACCUCACCACGCUUCCCUUCCCCGUCUUCCAGCCCGUCUACUUCCUGGGCCGCCUCUUCCUGUUCAGGAACCCGUGGGAGUGCGACUGCUCCCUGGAGUGGCUGAAGGACUGGAUGGAGAGCUACAAGCUGGUGCGGGACAUCCCCUGUGCCUCGCCGUCCUCCGUGGCCGGACUGGAUCUGGCUGAAGUGGUUUUCGCCAAGGUGAACGGCACCUGCCUUGACCCCGGGGAGCUGAACCUCACCACAGUGUCGUCGGCGGUCGUCGCCACCACGGAGAACCGCUUCAACAGCCUGAUCUCCAAGCUGCUGCAGCAGGAGCUCCGGGAGGAGAUGGGGAACGGGACGGAGAGCCUCCGCAACGGGACGCUGCUGGGGCCCGAGGAGGGGCAGCUCUCAGGGGGGGUCGGAGGGCGACAGGCCAACGUGAACCAAACCUUUCUCUGGAGCAUGGUAGUGUGGCUCAUGUUGGAUUUGAUCGGACAAUUAGAGAGUCAUUACUGUCUCUAUGGUACGAGAACUUUGGAGACGGGGUUUGCUUUCUGACGGACAGCGAGGAGUAGCUUUUCAGAUCGAUGAGAUAACGGAGCUUCAUUAAGGUUUCGUGGGGCUGCUGUUGUGAGUUUGCCCCGCCAAAAGGAUGGACUUCUGGAUACUUGUGAGAUGAUAGCACGACAACCUGAAUAUUCUCGACUAUCUUUACAGGAAAGACUGAUGGGGGUUUAUACUGUUCUUUAAACGUGUGAGUUUGCACUGCCAGAUGUUCGAUUUUCUGGAUAUCUUUCUUAUUCCCAGAUGGGAUUCAAGGAUGUUUAUCCAGGAAAGCACGGAGGGAAACUCUUCCUGAAACGUGGCAGUACUGGUGUGAGUUUGCCGCUGGAUUGUUGGGAUAUUCUCGGCUGUCUUUGGAGGAAAGACUGAUGUUGGCAUGGUGAAAUGUAAGCUCAAACAUGCUUCUGUUUUACGUGGUUGCUGGUGUGAGUUCACCCUGCAGAAAAUAGGAUUGUGAUCAUGGCAAACUAAAACAAUGAUGAGUAUUUUCAGCUCUGAUAAGAGGGAAAGACUGACGGGGGUCUUUUGUGUGACUCUGCAGAAUGUAGGACUUUCCUUUUACAAAUGACAGAUAAAAUAAAACAUCUCUCAUCCAUGGACGCACGGAGCGGUAAUCUCCCCUUCACGCUGCCGCUGUGAGUUUGCAAAACGUAGGAGUUUCUGGACAUUUGUCUGUUGCCUGGAUGUGUCCUGCUAUCUUCAGAGUAAAGACUGACAGCAUUUAUCUUCACACGAGCUGCUCAAAUACCAUAAUCUAUGGUAUUUAUAGAUUAAAUAUCCCAUGCAUAUCCUUCAUCCUCAUUAACAGCUGCAGGAUUCCUCUCCACCAUCACAGAGGCGGAUUACCAACGUGAUGAGAGUGUAGAUGUGAAGCGACACUUCUUCUCCAUAAUGCUCAUUUUGAAUUAAUAUGACGUAACAUUCUCGGUUUGUAACGAGGGUGUGUGUUUUGUACUUCACAUGUCUGGAGACGCUGUGGUGAUACAGGUCUCUGCUCGCUCCUCUUCCUGCAGAUGGAAACGUUCUGCAGCUUUUCCAUAAACGCACUAAUCUUCUUACGGCUCAGAGUCCUCGCUGCUGGCGUAAUGGACCUGUCUUUCUCAUCGCUUCCCUGUGCAUGGGCCGGUUUCCCCUUAUGGACGCGACCUCGCUCUAGCACAGCGGCGGUGUGAUGAAGGCCAUAUGUCAGAUUGUGCAAUGGGGGGGGGCGGUGUCAGCUAUUUUACAGAGACGACACAGGAACUGCUCUUAAACACAUCCUGCAAAGAUUACAUAGAGAGGAGAAAUGUACCAAGUACCCAAGUACAUACUGCAAAGUACAAGUGCGAAGUACAUUUACUCACUUGCUGUACUUUUUUCAUACGUGUCAGUAUUUGUAUCUCACUGCAACACAUCUGUUUAAACCUCUCAGUUUGUAGCUCCUCUUAUUGCAUGUAAAAACACCUGCACUGUUCUGAAUGUGCGUCAUAUUCUGGGUACAGUACGGCAAAGAUUAUAUGUAGGGAUGAAGUACAUUUACUCAAGUACACACUGCAACAAAAAGUACUUGUUCUGUUUGUACUUUAUACUUCUAGUUUCAGAGGCAAAUAUUGUACUUUUGCAUAAAAACACAAUAUGACAGAUUUCAUCCGAAUAUAAUCACACUCACACAUUUUGAGAGGAACCUAAAGGGACUCCCCGCUGAUAGAAUACAGCAUUAAAACGGAAUAGUAUAAACAUUCUAAUAUUCAAAUACUGUGAAAGCACUUCUGAUACUUGUACUGAUAAAGGAUCUGCCUGUUGUGGAUUAAGCAUACUUGUACUCUACUGGAGUAUUUCUACUUAAUGCUACAUAUACUUUAACUCCACUACAUUUGAGAGGGAGAUAUUGUCUCCGAUUCAUACAGUCGGUGCGUUUUCUAUAGAAAAACCCAUAAUAUGAUGCGUUACUGUACUGGUUAAGAACCCAGUUUUUAAAAACGUACCUGAAAUGUUUUCCAUAUUAACAAAGAACUACAUUAAAAUGCUCUUACUGUAUGUUUGAACCUCAGAGAGAAUACUAUCAUGUUCACCUUGAUACUGUGCAAAGUACUUUUGAUUCCUGAAGUACUUUUAGCUGAUUUAAUGUGUGUACUUCCAGGAUUUCUGUACUUGUAAUGGAGUAUUUUAAGACCUAAGUACAUGAUCUGAGUACUUCCCCAUCCUCCGGCAGUGUUCAUAUAUAACUGUGUUGCUGAGAAUAUUAAAGCACGUCUUCUGAAA